AUGAAAAAAUGGGCCAAAAGUACGGUACCGCAAAAUGAACUGGAAGAACGUGGACACGAUAGAGCCAAACAAUUGGAAAAAGUGGAAUCUUCUUUUCACGAAGUUCACCGCGAAAUUCGCGGGAAUUUUGAUGACAGUAAUGAGGAAUUUCUAGACGAUCUAGAAUAUCCUUCGGAAUUCAUUCAAGAUUCCGACUCCUGGGACGCCCUCCCACAACCACUGGUCGACUGGGUCCAGGCCCAAGAAGGUCUGAGAACUGGUGGAGCGCCGAUAUCAAACCGAGAAAUGCUCGAAACGGCAUACCGAUUCUUGAAUAAGAACAACGCGGCAUCCCCUAACCCCAGUAGUUUGCCUACCAUUGUUCUUGCGCUUGGCAUUGCAUUGAAAUACAUCAAGGCGAUAACGCGAGGACUAAGUCGCUCCUUGCGGGAGCACACGAUCCCAGGAUACCUUGGCCAAGUGAUCCAAAGGAAAUGUUACUCCUGGGAAAAGGCUGUCCUGGAUGAUGCCUUUCCGAUUUUCUACAAAGAAGCGGCAGACACCUAUGUUAUUACGGUUACCAGCAGGGGAAACUGUGGUCGGCCAGGCUGCCCAGGAAAUAGCGUUUCGCUCGUCCGGGAAAAAGAGUUCGAAAGGUCAGCUAGAGCUCAGAAGGAGACCUCUGCUAUUAGCGCAUUACUCUGUUCGGGGAAAGACUUGGAGAAGUGCCCUGAAAUGGUCAGGACAAUCCACGAGCCUGCUAGGUUUCUACAGGCUCGUUGGCAAUGUGAUAGCUGUGGGAACAAGGAGCAGUACUUUCCUGCUGUUAAUCCCAUAUUCCCGACUAUAACCGAGCCAGCCUUGUAUAGUAUCAUAACCGGGUUUAGCGAGGUUGUGAGCUAUUGGCAGAAAAUCCCAGGCAUCAAUUUUCACCGACAAAACAGGAACAAGGACUUAUACAGGGCGGUUCGAGAUGUUGAAGAAGGCAAAGAACCUAUCUUGUGA